AACUCUCCCAGCCGGCAGGGGGCGCCCGUGGACAGUCGCUGUAAUAACUCUCCCAGCCGGCAGGGGGCGCCCGUUGACGCUUCUCCCGAUCAAAUCUGUGCAUGAGACGGCCGCCCGCCUGUCAGGGCGGACCCUCCGGUCACUUCGUUUGGGACUUUUUGCAAGUUGGUGCCGGAGAAUCGGCCGGAACAUGUCCGCUGUAUCGCCGCCUGCAGACGGACACCCAGAGGAAGACCUUCCGUCGGACAUCCAGAGGAGACGGAACCAUCAUGCCCAACACACCCGCGGAGAACGUCACGCUGUCCGGCUCGAUGCCGAACGGACUCGGCACAGACUCCCCGGCGGCGCCGGUCGGACCCGGCCUCGGCCCCCCAGCGAGGACGAGGAGGCGGAGGACGAGGUGGUCUCGGAGCCCAAGCUGGACGACUGYGAGCGGAUGGGCUCUCUGUUCGGGAUGAUCAACAAGUGUCUGCUGGGGCUGGGCUUCAGCCAGAUGUACUUUGGGGACAGAACGGUGGAGCCCGUGGUGAUCCUCAUCUUCUGGAUGCUGCUCUGGUUCCUKGGCUUCCAGGCUCUGGGGCUGGUGGGGACUCUGUGCAUCAUCAUCAUUUACAUCCAGAAGUGACGGCCCGCCGGACUCGUGUCCCGCCGACCUGUUUUUACGCUGCUGACGGUUUGUGAUUUGCUGUGGCUUUGAGCUUCGAGGCAGAUGUUUCUGCUCAGGUGGUCCAGCCUGUUGGGUUUCUCAGAGGACGGUGUGGAAGUCCAGGGGUUUGGGGGAGCGUUCCAGACUGGAACCCUGCAUGGAUCGGUUUCUUCUCCCGCCUCCUGCAGCGCGAGCUCCUCUGAUUAAAACCAGUAUUUAAGUUCAUGUGUGGAACACGUUCAGAAACAUAUCUUCACACCGUCUGUCCGCUCAGUUUUUAUUUCACCCAAACGCCUUGAUCCAAAGAGUUUAGAUUGAUUCAAGUGCUCUUUUUUGUUUUUUAAUGUUUGACAAUAAACUGAAUGUGAAUCAGA